CUUUGAAUUAGUCUGUAAUGAGCUGUACAAUCCCAUAUCGGGCCUUGCAAGUUCAAAGAUCAUUGCAUACACAGUUGUACGUUGUCCGACCACCAUUUGCACACUGAGGGGAUGUUGUCUCGGGAAGGAGUCUCAGCAGCAAGUCGGAGUUAAACAAGGGAAGAGCGUGCGACUUGCUAAUAACUUAUUGCAGAGGGUCUCGCGUGCAAUCAUAUCCUCCUUGGGCGAUUCACAUAUCCUAUUACUAUCGAUCUUUUCAUCAAUCUGCUACAAUGUUCAAGGUCGGCGACGAUUUCGAAAAGAUUCAGGCUUCCCGACCUGACUUCAAGCGUGAUGCGCCGGUCACUUUCUCUAAGCCCCCGAAUCCAGACUGGAAACAAGGCGACGGCGCCAAUGAUGGCGGAGAGAGUCUGAAGAAGAAUCACCUCGAAAUCGACCCAUACGAAGAAGGACGACCGGCAUCAUCAAACUAUAAGCUGUUAAUCUCGGGAAUCGUCCCAAGACCCAUUGCGCUUAUCAGUACCAGAUCCAAAGAUGGAAAGACGACUAACUUGGCACCGUUCAGUUAUGCUCAAGUCAUCAAUCACGACCCUCCUCUUUUCACUGUUGGAUUGGUUGGCUCGCUUGAGAAGGCAAAGGACUCGCUGAAGAAUAUGGUCGAGUCAGGUGAAUGUGUGAUUAAUAUCAUCUCUGAGCAUUUUGUCGAGGCAGCCAACGCGACCGCUAUCAAUGCACCGUACGGAGUCUCCGAGUGGGAGAUUUCCGGGCUGCACCAAGCGCCUUGCUCUGUCGUCCAAGCUGCCCGUGUCAAGGAGUCAAUGUUCUCAAUUGAAGGUAAACUCGUCGAGACUAAGGAGUUCCAGAGUAGGACGACGGGAAAGACAACGGGCACUUUGGCGAUUAUUGAGGGUGUUCGUUUCUGGGUGAGGGAUGACGCUAUCAACGACGACAAGAGCGUUAUCGACCUCAAAGUCCUGAAGCCCAUCAGUCGGCUGGGAGGUAUCUCUUAUGGGCGUACCACUGAUGCCAUCGAAAUUCCGAGGCCAAACUUCUAGAUGGCUGUAAAGCACUUAAGCGGGAUGAAGGUGAUUUUCUGUCGGUUCGCAGAUAGAGGCCAUAAGAUA